CAACCCACAACAUGUGGGCCGUGGCCGUGCACAUUGGCGCCGGCCGACAUGCAGCCGACGCAGCUUCCACGGCGCUCGCCGAGGCCAGCAUGCGCGACGCUCUCGAGUUGGCCGGAUGUCUCCUGCGAGAUGGUGCAUCAGCGACGGUCGCCGCAACCGCUGCGGUCCGCGUCCUCGAAGACGCCGCCUGCACCAACGCCGGCAGCAACGGGCCGUGCGUCAACCUCACCGAGACGGGCGUCAUCGAGACCGACGCUUCGAUCGUCGACGGUCAUAGCGGAGGCAUUGGCUGCGUCGGUGCUGUCCACGGUGUGCGCAACCCGAUCGAGCUCGCGGCCGCACUGCUGCGCGGCGCUGACACGAGUCGCGACGAUGGUCGCACCCCGCCCAUGGUGCUCGUGGGUGCCGGCGCCGUAGAGAAGGCGCGCGCACUGGAUGUAGAGUUCGUCGACUACGCAACAACACCAAUCGACGCAACUGCCCUGCGCAAGCACGCAUUGAUGCAAAGCCACAGUUUGGACACGGUCGGCGCCGUCGUUGUCGACGUUCAUGGACACAUGGCGGCGGCCGCCUCCAGCGCUGGCAUCGCGCUCAAGGCGCCAGGUCGCGUUGGUCCCGCGGGCUGCCCUCGCAUGGGCUGCGUCGCCUGGAACGCUACACAGUCACCGAACGGCUACGCGUGGGCCGCCACUGGGCGAGGCGAAGAGAUCAUGCGCACGGGACUUCUUCAGCAAUUGGAAGGCCGCUUUCGCCGCAAGACGGCGCUGGACGCUGCUACCAUCGACCACAAUCUAACGCGGGCCUUCAACGACGCCGCCGCGCUCAACCAUGAUGUUGGCGUCGAAGGUGGUGUCCUUGGCCUUCUACGAGCACCGUCCACGAGCCAUGGCUCGUCCCGUAAGCGGCGGCGAGAGGAGGCAUCGUCCAGCAAAUCAAAAGUUGCUGCACGGUUACCGGCGACGCAUGUUGUGGCUGCGUUCACGACGCCAAGCAUGGGCCUUGGUGUCUACUGCAGUGACGACAGCGCGCCGCGGGCGCAAAUCGUACGCAGCAUGGAGAAGGACGUCCUUGUAGUCCACGUGUUGCCGUGCAACGAACAGGACCAAGCCGCGUUGGCACGACGGCCAACACUUCAAUGUGUACAAUCGACCGAUAUGACGAAAAAUAGCUAGCGCAUCUCGACCAACCACCCCAGCCUCAGUAUAUUCAGGCAUGCGACUACACGUGAUGUUGUCUUUGCG